CCAGAAAUUAGCCAUCGAAAGCUGUCCUCUAUUCACAUCUUUUGUGGCAGGAGAUGGAGAAAUAGAGUUGCCGUGCAGCUUUGAAAGGAUGGAAUUGAGUAGUUGCACGAGUUUAGAAAAGCUUCCAAGCAAGUGGCACACAUUUAAACAUUUGAUAAUUAGGAAGUGUCCAAAAAUCACGGGACUAACCAUUCCUCUGGAUGACCCCAGCAGCAAUAACCCGUUAUCUCAACUUGAAUAUCUUCGGAUUAUCGAUUGUGAUUCUCUGACAUCCUUUCCGCUUGCCAAGGGAAGCCUUGAUGCUCUGAAGAUACUUUGUAUUGGCGAGUGCGAGGGAGUGGAGUCGGUGAAAGAGAUCACCGUAGAAUCGCUCGAAGAAAUGACAAUCGAUAGCUGUGUGAAUCUGGGAAGCCUCCCACGGUGCCUUCACACGCUCUCCCAUCUCACUCGUUUGGAGAUAAGUGGCUGUCCAGCAUUGGAGGUGGAGGACUUCCCUCCCCUUCCCAUCACCCUGUCGUGUCUUAUAAUUAGUAAUUGUCCGAAGUUAAAGUCUCUACCAAAUCAGUGGCAUCAGCUUACAUCCCUCCAAGAGCUAUGGAUUUCGGAAUGCCAAAGUAUCAGACGCUUUCCCAAAGGAGGUCUGCCUCCCAAUUUGCGGCGCCUUUUAAUAAGAGGGUGCGAGAAUCUGAAGCAGCCAGCGAGAGAAUGGGGCUUACAUAUGCUCGCGUCGCUAAAGGCUCUCUUCAUUGACUUUUGCAUGGGAGGGGAGGGAGAGAAGGUGUGGUUUCCUGAUUCAUGGAGUCUUCUCUUCCCUUCCUCUCUAACCCAUCUUCGCAUUUGCAACAUGUGGAACGUGGAAAGACUAUCGAGCGGUCUUCGCAGCCGUCUCUCCUCUCUCAAACAUUUAUGGAUCGACUGUUGCCCGAAGCUGAUGUACUUGCCAGAGGAUGGCCUCCCUCCCUUCCUCCAAGAACUGUACAUAGAUAAAUGCGAGAUUCUAAAGGAUCGAUGCUCAAAAUUCACUGGCGACUAUUGGCCUCUCAUCCAAGAAAUCCCUCUCAUCGAGAUGGAUUGGGUUCGGAUCCAAUGAAUUGAGUCUUCCAUGUACAGUCAGUUUUCUAUGGUUAAGGAUAUUCGCAAUGAAUUUCCAAAACCCGCCCACUGAGGUCAAUAACAUCCAAGAAAGCCCACUCAUCUUCAGGUAAUGAUUUGGACUUAAUUUCUUUCUUUCACACUUGCCGUUUAGCUACUGCUGCUGCUCCUGGAUCCAUUUCCAUUCCGAAUCCUCAACUCGAUGCUAGAAAGUUCAUGUAUUUCCACGGACAAGCUGCACAUGAAUUUCCACAUACCAGCUCCUGAAGGUCCAGCGUUGACAUUGGGUUGCUCUGUUUUGUUUGACAAGGAAGUGCGCAAUGAAAUGGUUAUAACGCUGACGUUGGACAGCAAGUCAACCAUUGUUUCAUAAAAGCGACUAUUCCUCAAAACAAAUAAUACCUACAUGGACUUGCUCACAGUGCUGGAAUUAUGAUGCGUGGAUGUGCCUGUCUAUAUAGAUCGUUGAUGAUAUAUCUUGAGCUUUGUUUGAUGCCCUAAAAUUGCUUGUCUUUCUACUUAUGGAAAUUAUGAGGAAUAGUUGCUCUUGUAUUGGUAUUUUUCCACAACUUCGGUGACUGUUA